AUGGGUGUGAAGGGAAUCCUACAGCGGACCACUCAGGUCGACCCCAAAUUUCUGUUCUUCGACGACGCCACUGUAUACAAUGGCAAAACCGUUGACCUUCGAGAUAAGAUGGCUGAGAUUGUCUCUGGCAUGAAAUCUUGCCCCUCCUUCUCCGGCUUGAUUUCAAUCCCGAGAUUCGCAAAACCUCACGACAUUUCAUCCGUACCCAAAACCGAGCUUUGGGCCGAUUUUCUCAAGUCCGCGGGCUCUUCGCCUCCGCCAGCAUUUGUACGGAUUCCAUUCUACGCGCCAUUCCUGAUCUACUACUCCUCCGGGACGACUGGUAUCCCGAAGGCGAUUGUCCAUACUGUGGGCGGCGUCAUGCUUAACGCCGUCAAAGAAGGCCGCCUUCAUGAAUCUAUGUCCGCCGAAUCCGUUACUUUGCAGUACACUACUACCGGAUGGAUCAUGUACCUAGCAAACGUAGCAGCUCUACUGAGUGGCGCUCGUGUUGUUAUGUAUGACGGUUCGCCCUUCGUUCCGGAUCUCACCUCCUUCAUCCGUAUCCUCGGAGAGCAGCGUGUAACGAAACUUGGCAUCAGCCCGAGAUGGAUGUUUGAGGUGGCCAAGAAUAACAUCAGCCCUCGAAAGGUGACAGACCUGAGCUCACUGAAAAUUGUAACAAGCACCGGUAUGGUUCUCUCCAACCAGCUGUUUGAGUGGUUCUACGACGCCGGUUUCCCAAGCCAUGUCCACCUGGCGAACCUCUCAGGUGGCACGGAUAUUGCGGGUUGUUUCGGUAUGGAAAACCCUCUUACACCUGUCUACGUGGGCGGCACUCAAGGUCCAUCCCUCGGAGUCCCCAUCGAAAUCUUUGACGCUCAGCUCCCCAACGGGCCUGGAAAAGCUGUACCACGCGGCGAACCAGGCGAACUAGUCGCCACGGCCGCAUUCCCAAACAUCCCAUGCUUCCUCUGGGGUGAUGCUACUUCUCCCUCUUCAUCCGCUUCCAGCUUUGCUUCCGCUCCUCCGGGUACAAAGUACCACUCCGCCUAUUUCGCUCGCUUCGAUCAUGUUUGGGCCCACGGCGACUUUUGCCAAGUCCACCCCAAAACGGGCAAUAUCGCAUUUCUAGGCCGUGCAGAUGGCGUACUCAACCCGAGCGGUAUCCGUUUCGGAAGCGCCGAGAUCUACGCUGUCAUUGAGCGGAAUUUCUCUGGCAAGGUGGUGGACAGUUUGUGUGUUGGGCAGAGGAGGCCUGGUGACAACGAUGAGAGCGUCAUGCUGUUUUUGCUGUUGCGACAGGGUGAGAAAUUUGAUAAGAAGCUGGUGGGAGAGGUAAAGGAUGCUAUUCGGAAGGAGUUGACCAAGAGGCAUGUGCCCAAGUACAUCUUCGAGACGCCUGAAAUACCGACUACUGUGAACCUGAAGAAAGUGGAAUUGCCGGUCAAACAGAUCGUGUCCGGCCAACAUAUCAAGCCAAGCGGCACGCUUCUGAACCCUCAGAGCCUAGACUUUUAUUACCAAUUCGCCAAAGUAGAGGAAGUGCUCUCCGGAAAAGAGAAAUUGUAA